AGUAAUUUAAUGGCUUAUCAUGAAAAAAGUUUAACAAUUUGAAGCAAAUGUUUUCUUGUUUCCCAUCUUUUCUUUUUCAUUUUUUUAAAUUUUUUGCUAUUACUCGGAUUUCACGAUUUCUAUGUUGAAACCGUAUGAUUUUGAGAUUUCAGAGCUCGUUUUCGUAAUUAGAUCGGUGGGAAUUGACAUUAAGUUGCGAUUUUUUAUUUUUGAUUUUUUUUUUUUUUUGACUAGUGUUUCACUGUUUCUACUUAUCUUAUCCCGUGCCCCAUUGUAGCAACCUUUUCUCUAAUUUUCGUGCUCUCUACUUCGUAAUUUCUUCAAUUGAUGCAUGUUUGUGUUGUUAGCUGAUGGCUUUUCGGUGAACAAAACGAAAGUUUCCUUUUUUUUUCUCGUUGGUAAGGGUGGGCCUGGAGAGAGUGUUCAUCCUUGUUUCGGCGGAGACUGAUGGGGGAUCGCGGCGAAUUCAGGGCUUGGGAUGAGCUGAUCCCUGAUGCCCUGGGGCUCAUCUUUCGCCAAUUGUCCCUCCAAGAGAUUCUCACGGUCGUUCCCAGAGUGUGCAAAUCUUGGUGCCGCGCCGUUGCCGGCCCCUACUGCUGGCAAGAUAUCGACAUCGAGGAGUGGAGCCAACGGUGCAAACCCGAUCAGCUCGAUCGGAUGCUUCAGAUGCUCGUUUCGCACAGCUGCGGCUCCGUCCAAAGGCUCCGCAUCUAUGGGCUCUACAAGGAUUCUCUCUUCUCCUUCAUUGCAGAACACGCUGGUUCCCUUAAGAGCUUAGAGUUACCAAGGAGCCAAAUUAGCGACUCUGUUGUGGAGCGUGCUGCACCGGGGCUGUCGAACAUCACUUUCUUGGAUGUCAGCAGCUGCACAAAUAUUGGGGCUCGCGCCCUCGAGGCAUUCGGCAAGCACUGCAAGUACCUUGUUGGACUUAAACGUACGAUGCAUCCACUUGAAGUGGGAGACAAAAUUAACCAAGAUGAUGAAGCCCACGCAAUUGCCUGCAACAUGCCAAAGCUCCGUCACCUCGAGAUAUCUUAUCUCCUCCUGACAAACAGUGGGGUCCUCGAGAUCCUUUCCAAAUGCCGGGAUCUCGACUUCUUGGAUAUUCGCGGAUGUUGGGAUGUGAAGCUCGACGAGAAUUUACUCAAGGAACAGCAUUCGGGGCUAAAAGUAUUGGGACCGCACAUAGUGGACUGCUACGAACGGAACUUUUGGGAGGAGUGCUCGGAUUAUUCGGAUUCAUCAGUGUACUCGUGGGAGUUCAUGGACGACGGGGUCGAUGUGUACGAGGGGGAGAGUGAUGAUGAUGGCAUAUGGGAUGACGGACAAAGUUUGCAGGGCCUUGAAGUUAGGUUCUAUGGUGGUGGGUUUAAUGAUGCCUUUGCUUGUUUUGAUUGGCCUCCCUCUCCGUGAUUGGUACAUUUGUUGCUUCAAAGUAGAAAAUGUCUCCUCUACUGCUGCUAUCUGUGUUCCGCUUUUGUUUCUUAAAAUCCUCUAGAAUCUAGCUGCUAGUGUUUCAUCUAUAUCUUAGCUUGGAAAUAUUCUAAAGGACUUAUGUGAAUGUUAGUGUGAAGCAAAUCUAUGUGCAAAUCUAUGUACUGGAUUUCUUCGUAAGGUGUUCUAAUGCAUGAGUAGUUGUGCUGUUUAAUAAAAUUGUUAAUAUUCUUGUAAAAUUGAUCAAUGCCAAAAACCUCCUCUGAUUAUUUUUAGAUCCAA